CGUUCAGUCCACAACGAGUCGGAGGUUCCACUGUAACAGAUCGCCAUGGAGACUCUCCUCUGCAAGUGGAUUCUAUUGGGUUCCCUCAUGAUUUGCCACGCUUAUGUGACCUUUACGAACCUCAAGUGCGUCAUGGUAGAUGAAAGCUUUGGAGAUGUCAAGUGCCACAUCAAGGCGGUGAACCGCACCCACAAGUACAUCGAUCUCACUGCGCGACUCUUCAAAGGUCCAGCGGAAAAUGUCACAGUCAACCUAAAGCUGAUGCGUUACGACCACGGCUACAAGCCGUUCUUCAUUGACCUCAGCUACGAUGCCUGCAAGUUCAUGAAGAACCCCAGGAAUCCCUUCGUGAGCUCCUUCUACAACACAUUCAAGAAAAACUCCAACCUCAACCACACAUGUCCCUACGAUGUGAGUAUUCUAUGACUAUUCCACGGAGAGAUCCUAAAGCCAAAGACCAUUCAAGCACGAUCUGAUUGUCGACAAACUGUACACCGGCAACCUGGAGAGGAAUUUCGACAAUUUCCCCUCCAUGAUGAAUGGCGAUUACGCCUUCUUUACGGAAUGGUUCAUGAACAAAAUACAACGCGCUUACGUGAAUGUAUACUUCCGAUUAACAGGCUCGAGAGAUAAUUGAUCAAUCAGCGCAGUCAAUCAAUCAUAUAAUAGUCCCCUUUUCUGCGGCUAGCAAGCCCCAUUAAAGCGC